AUGGCGGAUAAUUACAAGAACCAAGCUCCUGAGAAGCUUCAGGGGAAGUAUAAAGCAAUGGUUGUUUCUUGUAUUCUUGGAAUCGGAUCACUAGUUUCUUGGAACAGUCUGCUCACUAUUGGAGAUUACUACUACCGAGUUUUCCCGGAUUACCAUCCGUCAAGAGUACUCAUAUUUGUAUACCUACCAUUUGCGCUUGGAACAAUCCUGAUUCUUUCAUACCACGAAUCAAAGAUCAGUACUAGAAAACGUAACAUGAUCGGUUACAUUCUAUUCACGGUAUCCACAUUCUUGCUCAUCGUCUUGGAUUUGACAACAAAAGGACACGGUGGGAUCGGACCGUAUACCGGUAUAUGUGCAAUCAUUGCUUUGUUUGGUAUCGCGGAUUCUGCUGUACGUGGAGGAAUGAUUGGAGACUUAUCGUUGAUGUGCCCUGAACUCAUACAGUCAUUCACGGGUGGUUUGGCUGUAGCCGGUGUUAUAACAUCAGCAUUUAGGCUGAUAACUAAAGCAGCCUUCGAGAAAUCGCAUGACGGUCUACGAAAAGGAGCAAUGAUCUUUUUAGCUAUCUCCACAUUCAUAGAGUUCCUUUGCGUAAUGCUUUAUGCUUACGUGUUCCCCAAACUUCCAAUCGUUAUGUAUUACCGAAGAAAAGCCGCUUCUGAAGGAUCCAAAACUGUUUCUGCUGAUCUUGCAGUUGCUGGUAUCCAAAGCCAAUUGACUGAUGAUGAUUUAAAUAAUGAAAGGCUAAGCAACAGAGAGCUAUUGCUUCAAAACAUAGACUAUGCAGUGAAUCUAUUCCUCGUCUAUGUUUUGACGCUAUCCAUUUUACCCGGGUUUUUAUACGAGAACACGGGGCAACACGGGCUAGGUGCGUGGUACGCGCUUGUCCUAAUAGCUGUGUGCAACUGGUGGGACUUGGUCGGGAGGUACGCGCCACUGGUGAAAUGGCUAAAGCUUGAGAAUAGAAAAGGACUAGUGGUUGCGGUUUUGGCCCGUUUUUUACUCGUUCCAGCGUUCUAUUUCACCGCCAGAUAUGGUGAUCAAGGAUGGAUGAUUAUGCUCAUUUCUAUAUUUGGAUUCUCUAAUGGAUAUCUCACUGUUUGCAUUCUCACCACAGCUCCUAAAGAAUACACGGGUCCUGAGAAGAAUGCGCUAGGGAACUUGCUGGUGAUUUUUAUAACAGGAGGAGCAUUUUCUGGAUCUGCACUGGGUUGGUUAUGGCUAAUUGGUAAGGAAAAUGCCUUCUGA